AUGACAGGAUGCCCAAACCUCAGCUUUUCCUGCAGCAACAUCUCCUGCAGCAUCUGGUUCUGCUGUGGCGGUGGCGGCUCAAACAAAGAACAUGAACGAGAGCAGAAUAAACAGCACCAGGCGCCGGUGGUUCCCAACAAUAAUCCGCAGCUAUCACCACCGCAGCCACAGGUGAUAGCGGUAACUGAUCACCUGAGGAAACCUACUCCUACUUACGUAGAGCAGCCUGUUCCUGCGUCUCCACCACCAGUACCACCUCCUAUUGCAGCGCCUCCACCACCAGCACAUCCUCCUCCUCGCGGCAUGCCACCACCCACCGAGACGUACUAUACACAGCCGACGACGACACAGCAGCAGGCAGCAAGGCCUCCUCCAACUCUGCAGACACCGACAUUGCCAGCACCACCACCAAAAGUACAUGACCCAUGGACCCAAACUACACAGAUGUUGCCUCAAACUCAUCCAGUGUGGUCUCAAAAUCCAUCAGCACCGAUGUUGCCUCCAAGCGUGCCAUCACCACCAAAGGUACUACAUGAGAUGCAGCGCCCACAUAUGCAGAUGAUCCCUGCUUCUCAUGUGCAGUCUGAAAUGGUGCACAAGCCGCCACCCCCACAGCCUCCACGGCCUGCUCGUCAACCAUCCAAGACAUAUCAUCAGACGAUGCCACCGACGGUGAAUCAACACUACCCUGCGCAUUCUCAUCUGCCAUCCAAGACUUAUUACUACGACGAGGCUGCACUGCCGGAUGCGGGGGUGCCGCCACAGCCGACGCUUCCUCUGGGUGACUCACAGCACUUCGUGGGAUAUUACCCACAAGGGCACUGGGAGUAA